GCCCCGCAGGACCUUUAAUAAGAGGCCGACAGUGUAGCACCGAGGGAGUCAUUCAUCUCUGCUUCAUCCAAACGCUCAUCAUCGUCAGCCAACGCCCAGCCAUGAACUACCACAAGCCUCUUAGAGCGGCCUCAGUGCUGCUGGCCGUCCUCUGCCUGGUCGGAAGCCUCGACAUCGGCUCGGCCAUGCCCAGAGUCAGGGACCGUCCGUCCGGUGGCGAGCCGACGGAUGCGCUGGAUCAGCGCAUCGGCGUCCUCCUGCACAAGAUUUCCAAGCCGAUCGUUUUGGAGAGUUCGGCCGAGUACAAUGUGAUCGGCGUCCAGCAGAAAUCCGACAAAACACCCGUUCCAUCCGAGCUCAGAUCGGACGUCAGGGCGGCCGUUUUCGUCCUCCGUGAGACUCAACUUCAAAUGCUGUCCGCCCUGUCGGCCCAAAUUAAAAUCCAGGAGAAAUUGGCAUUGUGGGCGCCCCAUAUGCCCAAGACUGAAGACCGUCAGAUGGAAAAUCAAAUGGCCAACGUGUUUCAGAAGAUCUCUUCGCCUUCGUCGUCCAGCAGCAGCCAAGGAUGGACGAAAACGGCCGGUCGACCCAACAAUAAAGUGGACGACAUGAGUGACAAUUCCGAAGCGCUUUACUCGGCCAUCAAGGAGAUUGUCGUCGUUUUCCAGGAGACUCAGUUCAAAAUCUCGUCCAUCCUGGCCGUCCAGGCCGACAUCCAAGCCCGACUCGACUACUGGAAAAUCCAGCUGGACCGAAUUUUCGUUCCAGAAGUCAAAAUGGCGCCGUCCAGCAUCCCCCCGAGGGAAAUUCCAUGUUACGCCGAUGACACUCAAUCCAAGUCCAGUUGGCUCCUGAAGGCGUUCGAGUGCCAUUCGGCGAAGCAGGCCACUUUCUGGAUCACUUCCGGCGCCAAUUGGCAGUCCAAGUACGGCAACCAAUCGGCUCUGCAGUUGGCCGUCAGCCAGAACUGGACUCCGGUGGUCCAUUUGCUGUUCAAACGCGGGGCCGAUUGCCGGACCCAAUCCUCGUCCCAACACGAAGAGACGCUCCUCCAUCAGGCCGUCAGGGAGGACGCCGAAGUUUCGCUCUUCCGGCAGCUCCUGACCAACUGCGAAGUCAACGCCACCGACAGUCUACAGAAGCAGACGGCCCUUCACAUUGCGGCCGAGCUGGGCAGGAAAGAGCUGGCCGUCUUGCUGAUCAAACAGGGGCGGGCCAACGUGGAAGCCCAGGACGAAAUGGGAUUCCGUCCGCUACAUUUCGCCAUUAGGAGCCCGCCGAUAGUGACCCUGUUGGUGGGCAUGGGCGUCGAUAUCGGAGCGACGACAGUGACGGGAAUGACGCCACUCCAUCUGGCCGUCAUCGAGAAGCAAAUGGCGACGGUGAAGAUCCUGGUGAAGGCCGGCGCCAAGGUCAGCAACGCCCUGGACAUCUACGGUCACACGCCACUGGACUACGCCGCCCUCAUGUCCGACCACGAAAUGCGGGCCUUACUGGCCCCUUACGCAACUGUCGAGGAAUAUCUCGUAGGAAUCCCCUCCAAUUGAAAUU